AAAUCCUCGGUCUUUCAAAUCGCAACCGCACACUUAAGUCAUCCUAUCCACUAUGAAGACAUUUAUGAAGACUGCCCUGUUGGCCUGUCUGCUUUUUGCAGCGCUUCAGUUUGGUCAGGCGAGCCCUGCUGCUGCCCUGGCGGAGACGAAGGCUACCAACAGUCUAGCGGCUCCUGGCUGCUUCUUCCGAAUGAUUCAAAGGUUCUUCCGUGACUUGCCAAACUUGGCAGACGUUUGCCUUAAUUACUAUGCAAGCCAUGAUUCCUCUCCCUCGUUCCCCAUCUGCGUCGCCUUUUCUGGAGGUGCUGAUCUCCUUCGCACAGUGAUGGACAUUUCGAGUGAGCGAUGGGGAGGUCGCCUGCACACCACAUACAUCUGUUUCGCUGGUGAGCUUCGCAGGGGAGCGCCUGUUCGAAAUGGGAUCCGGUUCGUAGAGCGCCGCCGCCGGCCUCUUCCAGGUCCGGUGGGUGGCUUGCACCUCUAGUCGAGUGUCCAGCGCGGCGGAACCCCCGCAGGCCUGGGGUCCGAUCUGCCAAACCUACCACGCCCCGCCACGCCACGCCCCGCCACGCCACGCCCCGCCACGCCCCGCCACACCUCUCCGCGCCUUGCCACGCCCGGCCGCAUCCGCGUGAAAUUGACUGUCCAUGCGUCCCCCGGGCCGGGCAGUGUGUCCCCUGGAAAUUGUUUUCCGGCUGCGGAGCCCGGUGGUCUAGUCAUACCCGCGGAGCUGCAGGCUGGCGUCGCCCUCAGCAAGGCGGGGCUGGUGGGGCGCUUCUUUUUCCCUAAAGAGUUAACGAUUCCAACCAGGGACCUUUUUGUAACAUUUCAAUGUGACAACUCUCAUCUACCUUUUGGCUUUCCCUCUGUGAAAAUUUUCCAUGGUGUGUUUCGUGUGACGUAAAAUGAUAUCAAAUGAUCAAAUGUAAAUUUACGGGAGUACUUUUGACAGUGACAGUGCCAACAACUGUCACAACAAUUGUUACAAUUU